GCAAGUAAGUAAACAAGAGUAUUGAAAGAAAUUCACAUCAUCGCAAUUGCAACACAACAGUAUGGCGUCUUCUUCUUCUCGUGGCCUGCGUGCGUUGGCGUUGUUCCUGUUUGUGGUUGCGGCGUUCGCCGACGAUCCCAAGUCCAAACCCUGCAACAACCCCUUCCGAUUGGUCAAGGUGAACAACUGGGUCGAUGGUGAGGAAGCCAAUACUUACGACGGCGUCACUGCAAGAUUCGGCUCUCUCUUGCCUGAGAACCCUGAAAAUAGUGUCAAAACCCCUGCUAUCUUUUCUAACCCUGUAGACUGCUGUUCCACCUCAACUUCACAGUUAUCUGAUUCGGUUGCUCUCUGUACACGUGGGGGUUGCGAUUUUACAACCAAAGCCGCUUUUGCACAAUCUGGAGGCGCUUCUGCCAUGUUGCUCAUCAAUGAUGAAGAAGAUCUCUUUGAGAUGGCUUGCUCCAAUAGCACCGGAGGAAACAUUUCAAUUCCAGUUGUGUUGAUUACGAAAUCAGCAGGAGAAGCUUUCAACAAAUCUUUAGCAUCUGGAAGGAAAGUGGAAGUUUUGUUAUAUGCUCCACCAAGCCCACUUGUAGAUUUCUCAUUUGCAUUUCUGUGGUUGAUGGCUGUUGGAACAAUUGUGUGCGCUUCACUAUGGUCAGAUAUAACUACUCCCAAGAAGUCUGGUGAACACUAUAAUGAGUUGUUUCCUAAGGAAUCUUCAAAUGUCGAGGGAGCGAAAGAUGUUUCUGAUAAAGAAAUUCUUAACAUCAAUUCAAUGUCUGCUGUUGUAUUUAUCAUAUCAGCAUCUGUCACUCUUGUUCUAUUAUUCUUCUUCAUGUCAUCUUGGUUUAUCUGGGUGCUUGUUGUACUUUUCUGCAUCGCUGGUGUCGAGGGGAUGCACAAUUGUAUUAUAAGCCUCACGUUAAGAAAAUGCGAAUAUUGUAGUCAGAAGACAGUUAAGUUACCUAUAUUCGGGAAGAUUUCCAUUUUCUCGCUGGUAGUGUUCUUAUUCUGUCUGGCUUUUGCGGUAUUCUGGGCUGCUACUCGACGGGAAUCUUAUUCAUGGGUUGGCCAAGAUAUUCUUGGAAUCUGUUUGAUGAUAACAGUCUUGCAGUUGGGUCGAUUACCUAACAUUAAGGUUGCAACCGUACUCCUUUGUUGUGCCUUUUUCUACGACAUUUUUUGGGUGUUCAUAUCUCCAUUUAUAUUCAACGAGAGUGUCAUGGUUGCAGUUGCUCGAGGUGACAAGGCUGGUGGGGAAGCAAUUCCUAUGCUUUUAAGAUUUCCUCAUUUUAGUGACCCCUGGGGUGGUUAUGACAUGAUUGGAUUUGGAGAUAUUAUCUUUCCUGGUUUGCUUACUUCCUUUGCUCAUAGAUUUGACAAAGAUAAUAAAAAGGGAGCAUUAAAUGGGUAUUUUCUUUGGACGGUACUUGGUUAUGGCGUCGGCCUGGUUUUGACAUAUUUGGCACUAUAUCUGAUGGACGGAAAUGGACAGCCUGCCCUCCUCUACCUUGUUCCAUGUACACUAGGUGUCGUUGUUAUAUUGGGAUGGAUAAGAGGUGAGCUGAAGAGCCUUUGGAAUUAUGGCACAGAUUCAUCAGUGUCAGCGGAGCCUUCUGAAGUUUAAUUCAUUUAAAACUAUUCGCGUUUUGAGAACUGAAGAAAUUGAACUGCAGCUUCAGAAAUGAUUUCAACUCAAUGCUACGAAAUGGGUGUAGUAACACCUGGUGUAUAUGUGCAUACAGUUAGAAAUAUAAAUAAAAUAACUCAAAUGUUAGCUUAAGCUUUUGAAAUAAUGAUUUACGACAUAUACUUCGGCUACAAUUUAUGAUUUAUGAGUAGUAGUUGCAUCAAAAGUAAAUAUCUUUAAUGGAGCUGUUAGGUUUCUUUUACA